CCUGCGUGCCUCCCCAGGAGAUGUUGCUGAUGCUGGCCUUUUGCUUGGCGACGCGGCGGACCCUGGCCGCCCCCAGCCCGACCGCCGAGGACCUGGCGCGGGGAGUUGAUUGGCUGACCAAGUUUGGCUACCUGCCCCCACCGGAUCCCAUCACCGGACAGUUGCAGACCCAAGAAGAGCUCACCAAAGCCAUCAUGGUGAUGCAACAGUUUGGAGGACUUGAAGCCACCGGCAUUCUAGAUGAAGCCACCUUCAAACUGAUGAAGACACCUCGUUGCUCUUUGCCAGAUCUUGCAGAAUCAAAGACGAGGAAGAAGCGAAAUAGCCAAGGAGUUACCAAGUGGAACAAAAGGAAUUUAUCCUGGAGGGUUCGAACGUUCCCCAAAGAAUCCCACCUGGGCCACGACACAGUUCGUGCCCUGAUGUACUACGCUUUGAAGGUGUGGAGUGACAUCACACCCCUCAAUUUCCACGAAGUGGCCGGUAACAAUGCGGACAUCCAGAUUGACUUCUCCAAAACCGAUCACAAUGAUGACUACCCCUUUGAUGGCCCCGGGGGCACGGUAGCCCAUGCUUUCUUCCCAGGAGACCAUUAUACUGCUGGAGACACCCACUUUGAUGACGACGAAUAUUGGACCUUCCGGUCAUCAGAUACCGACGGAAUGGAUCUGUUUGCUGUGGCAGUCCACGAAUUUGGCCACGCCAUCGGCUUAACCCACAUCUCUGCCACCGAAUCAAUCAUGAGGCCGUACUACCAGGGGCCGGUCGGUGACCCCCUGAAAUAUGAUUUGCCGUAUGAAGACAAAGUCCGGAUUUGGCAGUUGUAUGGAGUCAGAGAAUCCGUGUCUCCGACAGCUAAACCUGAAAUAUCGAAAGCAGAUGACCAUCCCAUCCUGCCAGAUUUCCCCGAGAAUCGCUCCACUGUCCCGUUUAGAAGAGACGUGCCAAACAGAUGCAGCACCCAUUUUGAUGCUGUGGCUCAAAUCCGUGGAGAGGUUUUCUUUUUCAGAGGCAAGUAUUUUUGGCGACUGACUCGCAACAAGCAUCUGGUGAGCCUUCAGCCAGCUCAGAUCCAUCGUUUCUGGAAGGGACUGCCUCUCAACUUGGACAGUGUGGAUGCGGUGUAUGAGAGGACCCAUGACCACAAGAUAGUCUUCUUCAAAGGAGACCGCUAUUGGGUGUUCAAAGACAAUAACGUUGAAGAAGGUUACCCUCGGCCCAUCUCGGAUUUUGGCCUGCCCCUAGGAGGCAUCGAUGCAGCCUUUUCCUGGGCUCAGAAUGACAGGACCUAUUUCUUCAAAGACAAUCUCUACUGGUGCUAUGAUGACCACCAGCAGAGAAUGGAUGCAGGUUAUCCUUUAGAAAGCACGCUGUGGAAAGGCGUUCCCAGCCAGCUGGAUGAUGCCACGCACUGGUCAGAUGGGGCCACCUACUUUUUCAAGGGCAAGGAGUAUUGGAAAGUUUCGGACAGCAACCUGGAGGCCGAGUCAGGCUAUCCCCGCUCCAUUGCGAAAGACUGGCUGGUGUGCAGCGACAUGCAAGCCGAUGCACCAGAACCAGCCGAGCGCUCCAGGACCGGAGGGCGUUCCAAGCAGGGGUACCAUGAUGAAAGCCGCUCAGAAAGCGAAGUCUGCUCCUGUACCUCGUCUUCCUCCGACCUCCGAGCCUGCCCCUCCCUCAGACUCUGCGGCGGCCUGGUCUUGGUCCCUCUUUGGACAGCGGUGUUGGUGCACGGACCUCUAUGACCGAUGGAGUCGCUUUGGAUUGCAGCACUUUCCGGGGUGCAGACGGACACUGGGUUGGCCUCCCCGUCGCAGUGGCGUUCAGGAACCGACAUCUAACAUUCCUAGCAAUGCGAUGUGGAAUUAAGUUUCAAAUUCUCCAUGAGAAUCAAAAGAGCAUUUUUUUUUAAUUAUCACCACGAUUCUUAUUGUUGUUCUGGUUUCCUUCGGUUGGCUGGAGAUGGGUUUAAUGGUUCCCUUUUUAUUUUUAGUUUUAUUUUUAUAAUUUAACUUGCUUUCACCGCCAGGUUUCUCACUCCCCACGGUCUCCUCUUUUCCCCAGCACACA